UUUGCCAAUUUUACACUUUUCCUGAAUAAACAAACAAUUGAAAUUUCCAUUUCAACUCUUUUAUUCAAUUCAAGCACGGACUCCAUUAACAGAUCUUCCCUUUAAUAAAACUUCCAUCAAAACCGAAGAAGAUACAAAAUUUCACCAUCAAAUCAAAUAAACACAAAAUUUCAAAAAUCUGAAUCAAUGUGAUGACAAAAUAAUAAAUUGGAGAUAAAUACAAUGGACGUAGAGAAAUCAUCGCUGUGUAAUUGCGUAGUAAACUUCUUACUUGAAGAAAAUUACUUAUUAUCUGCGUUUGAGCUUCUUCACGAACUCCUUGAUGACGGCCGUGACGAUCAAGCUAUUCGUCUCAAACAGUUCUUCGCUGAUCCUCUUCAGUUCCCCCCCGAUCAGAUCUCUCGCUUCAAUACUCUCAGAGUUGCCGACCCACAGAGUCUGCUAGAGGAGAAAGAAUCACUUGAGGAGAAAUUAGCAAUUAGGGACUACGAGAACCGUUUGGCUCAAGAAGACAUUCUGAAGUUCAAGACUGAAUUGCAAAAGAAAUCUGAGGCCAAGCUGGAUGAAUCAAGUGAUGCCAAAGCAAUAAAUGGAUCUGAUGUUCAACAAAGCAGGGAUACAACAGUCUCCGAUUUGGGUCCUUUAAAGGCAAAAGAGCGUCAAGACCUGAACUGUGCUGUAAAGCAAUAUCUUCUCUUAGCCGGAUACCGUUUGACUGCCAUGACCUUUUAUGAAGAGGUUAGCGACCAGGAUCUAGACGAUUGGCAGAAUUCAUCUGCAUCUGUGCCAGAUGCCUUGCGCCACUACUAUUAUCAGUACCUUUCAUCCACUACAGAAGCUGCUGAGGAAAAGUUUUCAAUGCUUAAAAAGAAUGAAUCAUUGCUCAAAGAGAUUGAUAAGCUCAAACUGGAGAAGCAGUCCUUGUUGAGAAGCAGAGAUUUGGCUGAUGCUCAGUCAGUGACUUUAAAGAAGUCACUGGAGAGUUUACAUAAGGAUAUUAAGGAGAAAGAGAAUCUGGUUCAAGAUCUAAAGCAGGCACUGGAGCAGCAAAGGAAAGAAUUAAGUGCCUGCAAAGCUGAAAUAACUUCACUUAAAAAUCACAUGGAAGGAGCUCAAAAAACUGAACAUAUGACAUCUGAUGAUGCAGUAGAUAGGCAAGUACAAUCUCUAGAAAGCUACAAAGAAGAAAUACAAGUGCUACAAAAGGAGAUUGAAAGGCUGAGUGCUUCAAAAAAUACUGAUACCCAACCUGUAGGAUCCUUAAAUAGUGUGGAAGAAGUAACUGAUAGAGAAGAAGUAAUAAAGAUACGUGAAAAUGAUAUUCCAUCACUAUCAAGUGAUGUUGCGUCUGAAACUUCCGAAAGCGCAGAGUCUCAUAAUACAAUAAUUCAUAACGCAGACGGUACUGCUGAUAAACAUGAUGAAAUUACCAGAUCGGAUGAUAACGUCGCGAAUGUCCCUGAAGACAAUGUGGUGCCGGUCAUAACUGAUAAUGGGUUGCUUCCAGAGUCCAAUUCUCCCGUUGAACUUGAUUCUGAGAAGAAGGUUCCUGGAACCAUUCAAAUUCUUUCAGAUGCAUUGCCUAAAAUUGUUCCUUAUGUGCUGAUCAAUCAUCGAGAGGAGCUUCUUCCCCUCAUGAUGUGCGCCAUUGAGCGUCACCCGGAUAGCAACACAAGGGAUUCGUUGACUCACACAUUGUUUAACUUGAUUAAGCGUCCAGAUGAAAAACAAAGACGGAUUAUUAUGGAUGCUUGUGUCACCCUUGCUAGGAAUGUCGGAGAAAUGCGGACAGAAACAGAGUUGCUUCCCCAGUGCUGGGAGCAAAUUAAUCACAUGUAUGAGGAGCGCAGGCUGCUUGUUGCUCAAUCAUGUGGGGAGCUUGCUGACUUUGUGCGUCCUGAGAUCCGAGACUCUCUCAUCCUAUCUAUUGUCCAACAGCUGAUCGAGGAUUCUGCAACUGUUGUUCGUGAAGCUGCUGCUCGUAAUCUGGCUUUGCUGCUUCCGCUCUUCCCAAAUAUGGACAAAUAUUUCAAGGUGGAAGAAAUGAUGUUCCAGUUAGUUUGUGAUCCAUCUGGAGCGGUUGUAGAAACAACAAUUAAAGAACUAGUUCCUGCUUUGCUGAAGUGGGGAGGCAAAUUGGAUCACAUCUUACGAGUGUUACUUUCUCACAUAUUGAGCUCCAUCGAGUGCUGCCCACCUCUUUCAGGGGUUGAAGGUUCUGUAGAGUCACACUUCCACGUUUUAGGUGAAAGAGAACGAUGGACCGUUGAUGUGUUACUGCGGUUACUAUUGGAUUUACUUCCCAUGGUACACCAGCUAUCUAUUGAGACUUGUCCAUAUCCAUCUCUCUCAGAUUCUGUGGGGUCAUCAUUUCCAAUGCCGUUGCUUGAAAAAUAUUCAGAGGGACAUGCAGAUUGGCCUGCUUUUGAGUGGCUUCAUGAUGAUUGCUUUCCCGGUCUUAUUCAAAUAGUCUCUCUUUUACCACAAAAGGAAGAUAGUCUGAGACACAGGAUCUCAAGUUUUUUGCUGGCAGUUUCGAACCGAUUUGGAGAUGAGUAUCUGACCCAUAUCAUGCUACCUAUAUUUUUGGUAGCAGUUGGUGAUAAGGCUGAUCUGGCAUGUUUCCCGUCAACCACAAAGGCAAAAGUGAAAGCUUUAAGACCAAAACUUGCUGUAGAUGAGAGAAUUGCCACGUUGUGCGUCCUACCGGUUCUGUUGGCAGGUGUCCUUGGAUUUUCUAAGAAGCAUGAAGUAUUAACAGAAUACUUGAGGAAUCGUUUGGUCCAAAGUGCUGAGCAGGAGGUUCAGCCAGCAAUGCACGGUGCUGAUGUUUACAACUCUGUCCGAUUCCUUUGCACGUAUGAAGACCACCAUAAUCUGGUUUUUAAUAUCUUAUGGGAAAUGGUCGUGAGCUCCAACAUGGAUCUUAAAGUCAAUGCUGCCAAACUUCUAAAAGUGAUUGUACCAUAUAUUGAUGCAAAAGUUGUUUCAGCACAUGUUUUGCCGGCUCUUGUAACUUUGGGCUCUGAACCGAACUUGCAUGUGCUGUAUGCAAGCAUUGAUGCCUUUGGAACUGUGGCUCAGAACUUCAAAAAUGAUGUGAUUGUUGACAAAAUACGUGUUCAAAUGGAUACUUUUCUGGAAGAUGACUCUCAUGAAGCUGUGAUUGCCGCCAUUCGUGCAUUAGUGGUGGCUGUGCCACAUACAACGGAGAGUCUAAGAGAUUAUUUGUUAUCAAAGAUAUUUCAUCUUUCUACUCAACUUCCGUCAAGUAACUUGGUGCAUCAGCGAGAUAGAUCCAAUGCAUUUUGCGAGGCAAUCCGUGCUUUAGAUGCUACAGCAGAUCUAUCAGCUGCCAGUGUCCGGGAUCUGCUCCUGCCAACUAUACAAAACCUAUUAAAGGACACAGAUGCUCUUGAUCCAGCACACAAGGAGGCUUUGGAAAUCAUAGUGAAGGAAAGGUCCGGUGGAACAUUUGAUGCUUUCAGCAAGGUGAUGGGGUCUCAGUUUGGGCUGCCAACCUCGAUGACGAGCUUAUUUAGUGAAGGUGGGCUGCUUGGAAAGAGGGAUUCAGUGGAAAUACCAACACCACCACCAAAUGUAGGUGAUCGCCCCAAGCCUACCCUCAAUCCACCGUCAGCCACUGAAGACACUCGAUUUAGGAGAAUCAUGAGAGGGGGUCUUACUGACAUGCUUAGGGGCAAAGCCAAAACUAAUGACGAACUUCCUCCACCCCAGUAAAAAUGUUAUGCUUUUCUUGUAAUUUGAAGAUGUCACAUAAAUUUUGGUGUUGUUCGUUUAACUCUAUUCUUUCUAGUGUUAGCUUGAGUAAAUUUCAUUCGACUUAUGUGAAAGAGCUAAAUAUGUUAUACAUCGAUCAAAAGAAUUAACAUACGUAUUUUUAUAAAUAUAUAUCUUAGAAGAAGCGUAGCAGUUUGUAUUC